AUGACCCUUACAGAAGCCAGAAGACACCAGUACUGGAAUGAACCACCACCAACGCACCGCAUCGACCGCGUCAAGGAGUGUCGCAAGAACUUCAAGGCAGACAUCGACUACCGAAUCACCACGAUCCAGAUGCACGCCAACGACGACUACGACUUCCACGGCAUCGCCACAAGAUUCGACUACAAAAGACACAUUGGAGACACGUCACCAGCGCCACCAGCGGCGCACAUACCCACGGAGACCUUAACGGUCAACACGUUGCGGCAAGAGCUCCAAGAAGCACAGCAGAAGGCUGAAGCACAACGAAGUCACGCCGCACAUCAAAGAGCCAUCAUCAACCAGCUCGGGAAAGCGACAGAGGCCCACCACAAGCACGAAGAGGAGAGCCACCGCAAGUUCCAGCGCCUCGAGCAGGACCACAUAGAGGAGCACAAGAAGGAGAUCUACAACAUCAGGAAGGCCACCGAGAAGAUCGCCGACCACAGCGCGCACAAGAUUGAGACAGACAGCACCAUCAUCAAGAACCUUCAGAACGAGCUCCGCGAGGCUGACAGCAUCACGUGCCAGUCCGCCGACCACAGUGAGAAGAUCUCCCCAGAACAAAAGCAAUACUACGAGCACUAUCAAGAGACGGCCGCCACCAGCGAGCACAUACCUACAGCCUUGGAAGAAGCACGACUUCAGCUACACGAGCCACAGCAGCCGCGAACCGCAGCUACGAUCACCAAGUACCACAACCUUGAGAA